CAUUACCCUCAUGUGCUUAUAGUCUGCGUCUUCCCUCUGUCCUGUGCCAAAGUGUUUCGUCUCAUGGUCGUUAAACCAAAGCCACGUUCAUAGCCGCCAAGCCUUUUUGUAAACCAAACCUCGAAAGAGUGAUUUUUGUUGGAGUUUUCAUAGUGCCUUUUGUAAACUAUGUUGGCUGUCCUCACACUACUGGCCCUCAGCUCCCUGGUGGCCUCGGGGCCCCCAAACGGCCGUCCCGUCCUCUGCAGGCGCUGCUGUGACCCCCUGGAGCCGGCAGAGGGCAGCGGAGCGCCGCCUCCCACCGCGGGGUUCAGCUCGGUGCCGGAGGUCCGCACCUUCAUCAACAUGACCAUCCUCAAAGGUGACAAAGGUGAGCGUGGCGACAGAGGGACUCCAGGUAAAUCUGGACAGGAAGGCCCUUCAGGCUCCACAGGCCUCGUGGGCUCAAAGGGCUCCAAGGGCCGGGCGGGUCUCCCGGGGGACCCCUGCAAAGUCCAGCACUCGGCCUUCAGCGUGGGCCGCCGCAAGUCCCUCCACAGCCUGGAGUCCUACCAGGCGCUCGUGUUCGACACCGUCUUCGUGAACCUCGACGACCACUUCAACAUGUUCGAUGGGAAGUUCGUGUGCCGGGUGCCGGGGAUCUACUUCUUCAACGUCAACAUCCACACGUGGAACUUCAAAGAGACGUACCUGCACAUCAUGCUCAACGACACGGAGCAGGCCAUCGUGUACGCGCAGCCCGGCGACCGCUCCAUCAUGCAGAGCCAGAGCCUGAUGCUGCAGCUGGGGCUCAAGGACGAGGUGUGGAUCCGCCUGUACAAGAGGCUGCGAGAGAACGCCAUCUACAGCGACGACGUGGACCUCUACAUCACCUUCAACGGAUACCUCGUCAAAGGGAACUGACGAAUAACAUCCAAUGUCAAAUUGUUUCUAUAUUUAGAUUUUUAUAUAUAUAUCUAUAUAUCUAUAAGGCUUCAGCUUGCUUCAAUAAGCUCGAUUAAGCAAUACCUCUUUUAGAAAAUGUGAAGAAAAAACUGAAGACGCUCAAAGUAGAAAAUUUAACAGUUCAACAUUUUGGAAUUAUAUUCAUUUCUUUUCUUGCCGUGAGUUAGAGGAGGAGAUUAAUACCACUCUCACAUCUCUUGGUAGCCAGCUUAGCUUGAGUGAUUAAACUCAGAGCGUUGAAAGUAUUGAUUUUAAAACUAAUUAGGACAUGGCUUAUCGUGCAUAAUUUGCAAUAUGUUUAUUUCUAUGACAGUAGUCCAGAAUAUUCAGUAUACUCGGUAAUGAAGAAACUAAGAUGUGGUUUCUGUAAUCGCUCAGAAGACUUCCCUUAGAGGUUAACAGAAUAAUGUAUUGGAUUAAUUUAGAUUUAUUUUUUAUUGACUGAACUUGUGCUUUUAAAGUGUACUUUUAAUUAUUACCUUUUUAUUAUAGUAUCACGCGAACGAAGAUAAACUGGAGGCCCCACUGCAACAUGAGUCGAAUUUAAUUAUAUUAAUUCAUUUAUUAUAUUAAUUAAUAAAUUUAUUAUUAACUUUGGUACUAACAUGACACUAUAAAAGCAUUAAUGCAGUUUUUCCAAUUGUAUAAUACUCCUAAAAAUCACGCUAAUGUGCUUUGUUUGAAAGGUUUUACUAAUAAUGUUUAUAUCGAUGUGUUGUAUCUACAAAUUGAAUGCAGUUCCUCCUUUGACCACUGGAGGGAUGCUUGUAAGUGCUCUUAUGUCAACCUCACAUGGAGUAAAAACUUCUUUUUUUUAAAUAAAAAGGACAAAACAGA